CGCAGGCAUGUUGGCAUUGCGUGGAAGAAACCAGUGCCUGUGCCCUGCAACCUCUUUCCAUCCAGGCCCAACUUUGCUGCCGCGGUUCUGACGCGCCAGACUAAACGACAUCAGCCUCCUUUCCUUUUUUCACAGUCGCAUUCACUCUCAACACCGCGUCUUUACCGCGCUACCCCUCUUGACCACAAUCCCAGUCGGAGACUUCGUUGCCAAUUGUAAUCUCCUCUCCUCUCAGCCCUUUGUCGGGUUCUAACAAUGAGCCUGCUUGAUCCAAUCUAACGCCAAACCUGAUCACCAUGUCUUCAACUGACUGGGCCACUCUAAAGGUCGUCGACCUGAAAGCAGAGUUGCAAAGCAGAAGUCUAUCAACCAAGGGCGUCAAGGCCGAGCUCGUGAAACGAUUGACGGAAGCUGACGCUGAGGCUGCCGCCGCCGCCGCCGCCGCCGACCACGAGGCAGUGCUACCUCCUGGGGGAGACAUUGCGAAGCCGGCUGAUGAUGCGCCGCAAGGAGAAGAUGCCGUCGUGCAGCACGCCAGCGAGGAGGAUCCGCCCGCGAUCGAAGACGUCGAUGUAAACAUGACUGACGACGCCCCCAACACCAUUGCGACACGAGCUGGAACCAUCACAGAGCCCAAGGUGCAGGAAACCACAACCACUGAACCUGCUCAAAUCCAGCCUGAUACCAACAAUACACCCUUGCCGCCUCCUGAGGCACCUCAAGAUACGUCUCUGGAUUUGCAGAAACGUAAACGCCGGUCCUCCACACCGCCUCCUUCUACGAAGCGGGCCAAACAGGAGGAAGAACUGCAUACUGAGGAACAAGAGGACGUUGUUGAUUACGAGACUGGUGAUUUAUCUGGCAGCCCAGGGAAAAAGCCUCUCAAUGGCAAUGCAGAAACACAUGAAUCGCAACAGACGGGCACGGUCGAGGACGCGAGCCAUUCCCUCGCAGAGCCCGUAGCCAGUCUCGCACACAACACGACUGGGGCUGGUGGGGAGAAGGCCGCUCCGACCGAUGCGACUGCAACAGAGUCUUCCAAGGCACGCCCGGUACCGCAGUCUCCAGCGCAAAACUCAGGGUUGGACGUGAGUGGCGAGGAUGCUUUCAUGAGGAGAGUAGCCAUAGGAAGGCACUCCGAAGCACCUUCGCAGGCGUCGCAACCAUCGCACCAACCGCACGAGGACCGACCCGACACGACUCAACAACCAGCCACCGGCUCCGCUGUCACGGACCCUGAGCCUUCAACCCCGUCAGCCCAUCCACCAACCUCCGCCCUGUACAUUCGGGAGCUGAUGAGACCCUUGAGGUCUGAGACCGUCGAGGAGUACAUCGUCGACUUGGUAACACCACAAGGCAGCCACCGAGAUCCCAGCCUGAUCGAGGACUUUUACCUCGAUCAAAUCCGCACGCAUGCGUUCGUCAAAUUGGCCUCGGUCUCGGCCGCUCAACGUGUUCGUGCUGCAAUGCAUGCCCAAGUUUGGCCGAACGAGCGUAAUAGGAAGCCUCUCUGGGUAGAUUUCAUCCCCCCCGACAGCAUGAGGGAUUGGAUUGACCAGGAGGAGUCUGGGGCCAGAGGCAGCUCAAGCCGAUGGGAAGUCGUUUACGAACAGGACGGCGACUACGUCGUGGCUGUCCAUAGAACAGCUGGGUCAGACAACAAGUCGUUUUCAAAGCCGCCUCCCACUGGCCCAGCUGCCGGCUCCGGGCCUGUAUACCCAGGCAUCGAAGCCGCGCCUAGAGGUCCCCGCGGUCGUGGUGGCCCGCCCGCUCGGCUAAACAACCCGAACCUGCUUCAAACACAAGCGAACCCUCCACUUUCAUACCAACCCCUCAGUGAAGACAUUGCACAGCGUCGAGUUGAAAACAUGCGUUCCUUCUACUCGUCGAUACCAUCACAGGACCUUGGCAAGGACUACCAUCGCUACACCUUCGAAAACAGUGAAUCCUUUGUCGACAGAGGCACAGAGGUUUUCAUCGGUAUCCGACCUCCUCAUCGGGAGAAGGAGCACCAGGAGCGUCUUCGCCUUGAGCGGCUCGGGGUAGCUGGCGCCGGCGGUGGGGCCGACGCCCAGUCCCGCAGAGAGGACUUCCGGCCGGGGCCUCGGCCUCCCGUCUCUGAUUUCGACCGGUACUCGAGCGACCGUCGCUUUGGAGGAGACCGCCGGCCUAGAAACCGUGGCUUCCGUGGCGAUCGGGGACCUCAACGAUAUCGGGGAGAAGAUCCUUACCGCUACAGACCAGGCUAUUGAGACCUCUCACAGAGACUUGGGAUGCAAUGGUAGAUCGCUAUGGCCGAGGCGCAGCCUGUAUUCAUAUCUCCCGCAUCUAGCGGUCCGGCGUUCAUUUGAGCACAACUUGGGGUUAGUGCUGGGAAAUAGGUCACCCAGCUCUCCAAGUUCAGGCAUCUGGCCAAGAUCCACGAUCUCGGGGCAAUGAGUGGCGGGCAGAUUCCCCAAAGAUCUCCUUUGCGGAACUCAAAUCACAAUUUGUCGAGGCCCAAAGCCAGGUAUAUUAGUCUCGGUUCAAAAGAGCGAGACGACAGACGAUUGGAAUCACGCGGAGGCACUGUAAAGCAAUAGAAACUGUAAAAAGUGACGAGGUAGAUACCCUGAAAAUGAGAUUAAAUCGACCGA